UUCUCUAACAUUUCUAUACAGACCCCGAAUAGAGAAACCUGGUUUAUAUGAGCAUUUUGCAGUGGAAAUUAUCCCGAGUGAUGUAGAAGUGAUAGAUCGCAAUGGCGAGUAAGACCUUGAAGAAUGGACUCGAGGAAGUUUUUCGUUUGUUGCUGUUGAUAUGGUGUCAUCAGAGUAGUUUCAAGCAACCCGCUGUUGCUGCUUGCAGACGCCUCCUGGGAAAACCACAUGUCCACUCCAAGUUGUAUGAUAGGGUCAAGUGUGAUUGCUAUCCUCAAGAUGAAUGCGACAAGACCGUGGUGGUGUCAAGGGCGUCUGGAGAGUUCGGGUUCCGGAUUCACGGGUCCAGACCGGUUGUGGUGUCAGCCAUAGAACCCGGAACCCCCGCCGAAACGUCGGGUCUGGAAAUAGGGGACAUCGUGAUUGCCAUCAAUGGCGUCAACGUGCUCGACUCUUCCCAUGCCGAAGUCGUCAGAAUUGCUCAUUCAGGUUCAGACGUGUUGAAGCUGGACCUGGCCCGCACGAGUCAUGUGCUGACACCCGUGUCGGAGAAUGACUCGCAGGACGAUGAAUACGGCCUUUUAGAUAUGGUCCACUCCGGGUUUCUUUAUCGUAGGUCAGAUGACGCUCCAACGAACGAACGACUCUGGCACAAGCGCUGGUUCUGUCUCAAGGCCAACCGCUGUCUUUAUUUCUAUAAAAGCGAAAAGGACAAUCAGCCGAUUGGGGCAGUGUGUUUGACGGGGUACUCAAUCGACAUGACGACAGGACCAGAGGAGGGAGAUGACGAAGAUGAGGAUGACAAGCAGCUCAAGUUCACCCUCAGCAGGGAAGGUUCACCUUCACACACUUUUGCAGCACUGUCUGAGCAGGAUCUCAGGGUCUGGGUGGAAUGUCUCCAGGCUGCUGCUGACCCGAACUCUAAUGACAAUCAGCCGAUUGGGGCAGUGUGUUUGACGGGGUACUCAAUCGACAUGACGACAGGACCAGAGGAGGGAGAUGACGAAGAUGAGGAUGACAAGCAGCUCAAGUUCACCCUCAGCAGGGAAGGUUCACCUUCACACACUUUUGCAGCACUGUCUGAGCAGGAUCUCAGGGUCUGGGUGGAAUGUCUCCAGGCUGCUGCUGACCCGAACUCUAAUGAUGAGUGGGUGAUAAUGCAGAGACAGGCUCUGUUGAGUCCAGCUACGGAGAUUCGGUUCCCGGAUUGCUUUGGCUACCUGAGCAAGUUGGGCCACAGAUGGCGCGCGUGGCGUCGGCGAUACUGCGUCCUCAAGGACGCCGCCUUGUUCUUCUACGCGGACACGUCGGCCGUGAGUGCGCUAGGUGUCGCCUGUCUCCACGGCUACCGCGUCCAGUCCUCUGGGGUCGGCGGGAAAAAGCACGCCUUUGAACUCAUCCCUCCUGACGAACAGUUCCGCCAUUUCUUUUUCUACACUGACAGCGACACCGACAAGAAAAGGUGGAUUGCAGCGUUGGAGUUCUCAAUCGACAGAUGGCUCAAAGUUGGCUAA